UAGCAGAUUUGUCAUCAGAAUGUCAAGGGAGUCCUACACACAACUAAAAAGGUACCUCCAAGAGAAGAAACAAGCACUUUUGUUAAACAUCAUACAAGAACGCCUAUUUAUUGAUGUGUAUGAUGGUUUACCAAGAACCAAGCAGCAAAUAGAUGUCACAUCUGGAGGGAUGUCUGGGGAAGCCAGGAGAGAAGCCAACAAGUCCAAGGUUCUGUAUGGGCUUCUAAAGGAACCUGAUAUAAACAUAUCCUUGGACGAUGAUGAUGAUGCUGAUGGAGAGGAUAAAGAUAAACCUAAGAAAAAGAAACAAAAGAAAGAUCUGCUGUCCAUGAAGAAAUCAAAAAAUGAUCCGAAUGCUCCCAGUAACACAAGGAUACCCCUUCCUGAACUCAAAGACACAGACAAAAUAGAAAAAGCCAAUGCGUACAAGGAAGCCUUGAAGAGAGUUAAAAUAACACAAGAGAAUAAACCAUCUAUUUGUUUUUACACUUUGUUGAAUUCUUAUGAAAACACAACAUCAAUAGAAAUUAGUGAAGACUCCAGCAUUCUCAGUGCAGGUUUCAGUGAUGCUGUGAUCAAAGUUUGGUCAACAACUCCCAAUAAGUUGCGGUGUAUGAAGACUGGUGUGGAGUUGGAUAUGAUUGACAAAGAUGUUGAUGAUGUAUUAGAAAGAAUGAUGGAUGAUAGAACAGCCUCAGAAUACAAGACUCUAUGUGGCCACAGUGGGCCAGUUUAUUCCACCAGUCUCAGCAUGGAUAAAAACUUUCUUGUCUCAAGUUCAGAGGAUGGAACAG